CACAUGUCUUCACUCCAGUGACGAGGAAGAGACAGACACUUUUGUCAAUGUAACCAAUUCUCACGACCACCGAUGAUCUUGGUCGGAAAAUUCAAUCAAAGUCGCCUUGGCUGGCAGCUACGUUUCCGCACCACGCAUGAUUGAUCUGCAACGGUUCGCGCGAGAUAGCGGCUUACAUUUAUGCGUCGAUCCCUCUGCACCCCAUCCGCCAAUAGACGCCUCACGGUUCGCCGCAGCCAAAAAUGAUUCGGGGCCUGACGGUAUCACGAUAACCAGCAUUGACGAGAUGGCUCGCCGUGUCAGCUCUUGACCAUGUCUAGCGGCUUCGCGCUGGGAACGCUCAAGCGUACAUCUGGUGCUGCCAGGCAAAUUUCACGAGGCGGAAUACUCACCUCCAGCUGCUCAACGUUGCCCCACGUUGGCUGGGCCACAGUUACGGCGGUGCCCCGCCAUCCGUGUCCCCUUCGAAGCUCCCACCUCGCUGUGCGCCGCCUCCUGAGCGCCCGUGAACUUCUACAGCGCACCUCAUCGUCUCAUUCUUCCCCUCGCCAUACAAUCCCUCUCACACAAAGUCGUCAUACGUCCACCGCACGCACAAUGGCUGUUGGAACCGUUCUGGUCACCGGUGGUACCGGCUACAUUGGCUCGUUCACCUCCCUCGCCCUCCUCGAGCACGGCUACGAUGUCGUGAUUGUCGACAACCUCUACAACUCCUCCAAGGUCGCCCUCGACCGCAUCGAGCUCAUCUGCGGCCGCCGCCCGGACUUUUACGAGCUCGACAUUAGCGACGAGAAGGCGCUCGACGAGGUCUUCCAGAAGCACCCCGCCAUCGACUCGGUCAUCCACUUUGCCGCCCUCAAGGCCGUCGGCGAGUCGGGCGAGAUCCCCCUCGAGUACUACAAGGUCAAUGUCGGCGGCAGCAUCGCCCUCAUGCGCUCCAUGGAGCGCAACAACGUCACCAACAUUGUCUUCUCCUCCUCCGCCACCGUCUACGGCGACGCCACCCGCUUCGAGAACAUGAUCCCCAUCCCCGAGCACUGCCCGCGCGAGGCCACCAACACCUACGGCCGCACAAAGGUCAUCAUUGAGGACGUCAUCACCGACCAGGUCAAGGCGCAGCGCAACAAGCUGGAGAAGGCCGGCAAGUCCCCCGAGGCCUGGAACGGCGCGCUGCUGCGCUACUUCAACCCUUGCGGUGCCCACCCUACCGGCAUCAUGGGCGAGGAUCCCCAGGGCGUGCCAUUCAACCUCCUGCCCCUGCUGGGACAGGUCGCCACCGGUGAGCGCGAGAAGCUCCUCGUGUUCGGUGAUGACUACGACUCCCGUGAUGGUACCGCCAUCCGCGACUACAUCCACGUCGUCGAUCUCGCCCGUGGCCAUCUUGCCGCUCUCAACUACGUUCGCGAGAAGAAGCCUGGCGUCAAGGCUUGGAACCUGGGUUCUGGCCGCGGCAGCACCGUCUUCGAGAUCAUCAACGCCUUCAGCAAGGUCGUGGGCCGCGACCUCGCCUACGAGGUCAAGCCUCGCAGGCAGGGUGACGUGCUCAACCUCACCGCGCACCCGUCGCUGGCCAACGAGGAGCUCAACUGGAAGACCGAGUUGACCAUGGAGAAGGCCUGCGAGGAUCUCUGGCGCUGGGUCAACAACAACCCCCAGGGCUACCGUCAAGAGCCCCCGCCUGAGCUGCUGGCAGCUGUCAAGACCCCAAAAGCAUGAGUGGCGUGUUCAAAAGAAGAUCACUAUCAGAAUAGCCCAGUGAAUCAAUUGCUUGUCAACAGAAAAAAAAAGGGGGUCAAUAACUCUAACUUUGGUAUCUAUAGAAGGCGGGAAAUUCUCUCUUGAACGCACAUCGCCCAA